AUGGCGACUCAGAAGGGUCCUGUCACAGAAAUCAAUACUGCUGCCGGCCAUGAAGUUGAGAAUCCCAAGCGUGUUCGCAGUUUGCGGCGCCUUUUCCAGUGGCAUGAGCCUGGCACAUCUAAAGAAGAAAAGUGGUUGAUCUUCAAGCUGGAUUUCUUCAUCUUGCUGUACACCUGUCUGACAUUCUUCGUGAAGUAUUUGGACCAAACCAAUGUGACCAACGCAUAUGUUUCUGGCAUGAAAGAGGAUUUAAAUCUUCUGGGCAAUGAGCUCAAAUGGUUCACAACCUACUUCAACAUUGGAAUUAUCAUUGGAGGUCCCUUCUUUACCAUGGCCUUGACUUCCAUCCACCCUCGGUACUGGCUACCAGCUUGCACACUGUGCUGGUCGCUCUUCGUUCUGUUCAUGUACAAAGCCCAGACCGCCAAAACAAUCUACAUUCUCAGAUUCUUUGCGGGUAUCUUCGAGUCGGGUGCCAUGCCAGGCGCAUUCUACAUUAUAGGAAGCUUCUACCGCUCAUCCGAGAUCAGUCGACGCUCCACGAUUUUCAUGUUUUCCGGGGCGGGAGGGCAGAUGUUUUCAGGCUAUAUCCAAGCCGGACUGUACAAGAAUAUGAACCACACUUUUGGUUUGGCAUCUUGGCGAUGGUUGUUUAUCUUUGAUUUCCUCAUUGGUAUCCCGGUCGCUGUUUUUGGAUUCAUCUGUUGCCCCAAUGAGCCCAAGUCCACAAAGCCUUGGUGGAUGACAGAAAAUGAACGUGAGAUUGCCAUUGAGCGUAUAGCGCAGGAAGAUCGUGAUGCCAUGACUAUUACCUGGAAUCUAAGCGCUGUGAAGCGAAUCCUUACUUCAUGGCAACUAUGGGCUUUUUGCGUUGCUUGGGGAACAAUGCAGUGUACCUGUGGUGCGAACCUGCAGAGAUGGAUGACCUUGUACCUCAAGUCAGUGAAGAUCGACGGUCACGCCAAAUACAGCAUUGAGGAAAUCAACGCCUUGCCUACAGCGGUGGGAUGUGUUGAAAUUGUUUGGAUGAUCCUGAGUGCGUUGGUCAUGGACAAGACACGGAACCCUCCUCUGGUUAUUUUGGCUCUCGGUCUUGUUCAGCUAUUUGCCUACAUCAUAUUCUACGUCUGGCCCGCCAAUGCGCAUUUUAUAAUGGCUGUCUACUACAUCUGCAGUGCCUAUGGAGCGAUUCCCGGUCUGAUCAGUGCCUGGCUGAACUCCUGCUGUGGUGGUGACAAACAGCUGCGUGCUCUGAGCACAUCUCUGAUGAUUUCUGUAGGAUAUGCCGUUGAAACUGUUUCUCAGCAGUUCAUGUUCCCAACCUCCGAGGCACCCCGGUUCCAAAGAACCAAGGGAUACGCAUUUGGAAUCGCUUGGAUUUGUGCGAUGAUUCUCUGGUUUUGUGUUUGCCUUCCCUUCAUCGAGCGGUACUUUAGGCGACGGACCCGGUGCUUUCCAGCAGACACAUGCUAUGUUACUGGUUAG